AUGUUGUCUCAUUUCAAAACUGUUUUCACUUCUUCCUCCUCGUCUUCCUCCACAGAACCAAAACUAGCUCCAAAGGGUAAAAAAGUCACGGGCAACCAUAAAGAUUUAAUUCCAUAUGUGAAAAAUGAUAUUUCCAUUACUAAAUCACAACUCAAAAAGUAUAGCACUAAAAAACAACUGAUCACCAAAGUCUUACAACCAAUGGACAAUUAUUAUAACUUCGAGAAGCAAAAAUUAGAACAAAAAUAUAGUUAUAACAAUCUGAAUGAAUUUUAUGGUGAAUUAUUUAAUCUAUACAGAAAACAACUUGAUGAAUGUAGUGAAUUAUUAGAAUUAGCUCAAAAUAAUUAUACUCAUUCAUUAUAUCAACAUAGUUUGGAGAAUCGUAAAUCAUCAAAUGCUUCAAGAAGUAAUUCAGUAUUUUCAAGAAAUUCUUUACCAACCACAACUUCCUCUACUGAAGACUGCACAUCACUUGAAAAAGAAAUUCCAGAUCAUUUAUUAGAUCCAAUAUCAUUUGAAAUGUUUACCAAUCCAGUGAUUACACCAAGUGGUAUAACUUAUGAAAAAACUCAUAUUUUAGAACAUUUAAAAAGACGUGGCAAAUUUGAUCCUAUCACAAGACAAGAAUUGACUGAAGAUCAGUUAUACCCUAAUCUUACAAUAAAAGAAGCAGUAGAUGCAUAUAGAGCAUCAAGUCUGUCAUAA